GUAGCCCUGGCCCAUGUCUUCUUGAACUCUCCUUGGGAAAAUUCAGAAAUGUGCUACUUAACCAGACCAAUUCAGUGGAAGCUGUAAUCAGGAAUGUUGCAAGCAAUGUGACUGUUGUUGUUUUUCAAGCACAUGCCCAGCAAAACAAUGUGGUAAUAUCCUUUGAUAAGAAUCCCUCUGUGAACAGCUCAGGAACUGGAGUAGACAAAGGAUUGGUUUCCAUCCUUCGGCCUCAGCAGAGUAUAUGUACGUGGUAUCUUCGGUCACUGGAUGCUAACCAGGUGUUAAGCACAGCUAUCUCCAUACCUUAUAUGGAGAAAGAUCCUAUUCCUGGAGGCUGCAAUUUAGAAUUUGACUUGGAAGUGGAUCCCAAUAUUUACCUAGACUAUAGCUUGGUUGAUAUACACAUCAAGUUUGCUCCCGCAAACUUGGGAUAUGCCAGAGGAGCAAAUCCACCAUCCUGUGAUUCAGGAACUGGUCAGAACUCCAGAUGGCGACUGCGUUAUGAUGUCUAUCAAUACUUUUUACCAGAGAAUGAUCUCUCUGAGAUGGUACUCAUGAACCACAUCCGGAAGAUGUCUGAGGUGCACAGUAUUAAAGCUAAUGGCAUUAAAAUGCUUACACUGACAACUGAUGACAAGACCAAUGUCUACUUUUCCUCACUCCCCGGGCAAGGUGUGAUCUACAAUGUCAUAGUAUGGGAUCCUCUUUGGAAUACUUCUGCUGCAUACAUACCUGUGCAUACAUAUGCCUGCAGCUUUGCCGACCUAGUGGAUAACUGCUCUUCUGUCAGCAAACUCUCUACCAAAAUAUUCUUCACUGUUCUUGCUGUUCUUGGUCUCUUCACUUGCUUUUUUGGACACAGGUUCUGGAAAACAGGCUUAUUCUUCAUGGGCUUCAUAUUCACAGGAUUCUUCUUCUUUGUAUUCAUUACUAGGGUAACUGGCCUUGGCUAUGAUGUACGUCUCAUUUUGACAGCAGUAGCUGGAAUUAUCGGAGGGCUUCUCCUAGUUGCUAACUGGUGGAGAUUCGGCUCUGUCCUACUUUGUAUGUUGAUUAUUGGACUCGUGCUGGGAUUUCUCUUCUCAUCAGUCAUCUUCUUCACUCCACUAGGAGAUUACAGAGUCUUCCGUGAUGAUGUUGUGUUCUGGGUGACCUUUUCUUGCGUGGCCUUGAUGAUUCCAGUGCUUUUUUUUGGCUGUCCAAGAAUUCUGAACAUAUUGGCUUGUGGAAUAGUAGGCUCCUACUCAGUGGUCUUAGCUAUUGCUUGUUAUGUCUACACAAGUCUUGCAUACAUCACCUUAGACCUACUCAGAAGGAUCCUCAAUGAUUACUUCAGCAGAGCUUACACCAAUGUGCCUUUUCAAACAAAUGACUUUAUCAUCCUGGCAGUGUGGGCAAUGGUGGCCCUCAGUGGAAUAACUGUGCAGCUUCGUCGAGAGAGAAGUGAGGUGCCCUUUCCACCGCACCCCUAUCUCCUCUGGAAGAGGGAAAGGGAGCGCAGAAGCACAAAUGUGUUAGACCCUAGCCAUCACAUCCCUCCUCUGAGAGAGAGGAUCCAUAACAAGCUAUUGCAGAUCAAAGAGGUCUUUCAGAAAGAGCAGCCAGCUGGGGAAAGAACUCCAUUGCUUCUGUAAUCGGCCAAAUAACUGGUGGACGCAGAGGAAGAGUCCAGGAAUGGUGUGAGAUGGGUGAUCGUCAGCAAACAAUGAGCCAGUGGUACAGGCUUUUACCGCCCUGCCUAAUGAGAGGAUGGUGUUUGCACAACUUGGAAGAAAAGCAUUGAUCUGUCAAUACACUACAUGCUGCUAUGUGACUUGUUUUUCUUCAAUGGUCUGCUCAGCCUGCUGUAACAUGCAUGUGUCUAGCUGCAGAGAGCUUGUACUAUGGGUCAAGUACAGCUAUUUGUCUUGUGGUGAUCUGGCUGGAUGUUUAGAUAUGGGAAGUAUAAAACGGCCCUUAAGGUAAACUGUACAACGUCGGUUCUUCCCUCAGUGUGAAAAAUCACUGCUGAAAUACUGCCUGACUCGCUCCCAAAGGUGAGCAAUCUGUCAACUUGCAAGGGAAGAUGAUGAGGACCAUAAACAUAAGCAGUUCUUUUAGCAGCAACUGAAGUAUCAUCUUCAAAUAGGUAUAAAAUGUAUGGGUGCAGACAGUUGUUUCCAAGAAGUAUUACUGAUUCUUGUAAGCUGAACUAAGUGACUUGAAUUUAGACUGCACUGGAUUGACUGUUGUAUGUGUGCACAUCGGGGCUCAGACAGUGAACCUCAUCUAAGACGAGAAGGCUUUUUCUCUUGCUUUCAGUUGGUUCUGUAGCAAGCUGGUUCUCUGCUCUCUGUACCAAGAUGACUGCUAAGAGAACAUGAGAUCUGCCUCCUUGUUUGCUUUCAGAACAGCCUGUGUCUUGUUUCAACUCUGGUAUCACCUCUCCUCUUUUGAUGAGGUGCUGUCUUAUAAAAGAGUAACUGAAAUAAGCACUUCAUAGCCAAUGGCAGUUUUUUCCUGAACUUGGUUGAAACACUAGCUAUUUUUAUUUUUUAUCAAUGUAUCUUUUUAAUUUUGCCUCUAAGGGAUGGAAGUGGCACACUGCAGGCAAAAUACAGACCAGGAUCCUUGCUGACUGAAUGCAUUCCCUACCAGUUUGGACUGAAUCUGCCCAAAGGAUAAUGCAGAGUGAAAAGGAGAGAACGCACCAUCCUUGUAUUUGGUGGAGAACUACUAUCUUGUACGGUGUCUUUAUUCACUUCCUUCAAAACAAAGCCUAGCAUUUUUUUCCAAAAUGCAAACUAGAGCAUUGUGGGUUUUGCUCACAGAAAUGCACAAGCAGUCCCAAGGCUUCUUCCCUCCUCCCCCCCACCCCUUUUCCCCCUUCUCCACUCCCAACUCUGGUCUUCACCUUCAAUGUUUACAUGGUGACCUGUCAUGCAUUAAACUAUGGCUGAAGUCUCA